UCACGUGGUCUCUCGGUAUGCACUUUUUUAGCUCACAUGGCUGCCCGGUCAGUAUCGGUGUGUGCGAGCCGGUGAGAGGAGAGCCGGUGACCAUGGCUGAGGAUGUCUCUGUCUCUGAGGACACUCUAACCAGUGCUCUCAGUCUGCUGGUCAACCUUAACAAAGUGCUGCUGCAGACAGCCCAGCAGGACGCCGCAGAGUCCCUGGAGAAGUUUGUCCCCCAUAAGAUCUCCAUUUUAUUCGGCCUGAUCACAGCCGGAGCAGACUUCUACAAAAGCCUCGGAGUGAAGAAGAGGAGCGAAGCAGAGGCCAUAUGGCAGAAGUUUCAUCACAAUGCCACGGUGAGAGAUAAGGUGGAGGAGCUUCUGCAGCUGGAGAAUGAGUGGGACUCCUUCCUGGAGAGCGUGGACAGCGGUCUGCAGACGACAGACAGACAGCUGUCAGGAGGAAAGAUGGCCGACAGCCUGAGCCCGGACACUGCCUUCACUGACGGACGGAGCGGAGAGAGUGUGACUCUGGGUCAGUACCUGGGUCGGGGGGAGAAGCCGCUGCUGGUUCUAAUCCGACAUUACGGAUGACUACCGUGACGAGACCACGUGGCCGAGCUGAGGGACAGACAGGCUGUCCUGGAGGCUCGGUCAGUGCGGGUCUUGGUGGUCGCGUUCGGAGGUUUGCAGGGCGCUCAGAUGUGGCGAGAGCAGACUGGAUCUACCUUUGACAUGCUGCUGGAUCCACAGAGGAAGGUGUACAGGAGCUUUGGCCUCGGCUCGUCCUACGCUAAGGUGAUGAAGUUCGGCUGCCUGCUGCGGUACUCAGAGUACGGAGCUGUGGACCGAGACUUCCCCGACAUGCCCCACAAAAUGCUGGAAGACAUCUACCAGCUGGGAGGCGACUUUCUGCUGGAUGAAGCGGGGAAAGUCCUCCUCUGUCACCCGUCUAAAAACCCGAUGGACAGGCCGAGUGUGGAGGCCAUCCUGCGGGCCGCCGACUCCUCCAUCUCUGCACAUCUGUAAAAGAUAUGAACAUUACAGACGCUGAGCGGGGGGGGGGGUUAAAGUGGUUGCCACCUCACUGACACCACAGAAGAAGAGCAGCUCUUUGACUCACGUUAAUGACGUCACGUCUCGCUCUCAUGACUCCAUGAAGAGAUGUGGCCGAUGCAGAACGGUGAGGCAGACAGCUGAGCUCCUCUCUCCUGUCAGUGUCGUGAUGGGAGCUUUUUUUAAAUGAGUGCUGCAACUGGAUUACAGUUUAAUUUAUAGUCCCAUUUAAUUAUAUAUAUGUCACUGUAAGUUGCUUCCGCAGUUUGACUUUCCCACAGUUUCAAUCCACAUCUCACUAAUGAAAUUCACAUCAAGCUGUUAAAGUAUUGACUUCCUGAGAAAGACAAAUGUCUGUCCCUCUGUCCGUUGAUUUAGCUUCCCCUUUCCCAUCACCCUUUGUUUUAGUAUCAUGUAAUGUAGAAUUUGAUUGGUUGUUCCCCUUCUUCCUUCUCUUUAAGAAUCUGGUUUAAUGUUUGAUCGGGGUCAGAUCCUUGUACGACAUUGGUUGUGCAUGUUAUCUGGCCUCCAGCUGGAACUUUGAUUUGAAACUUGUAGGUUUGUUCUUAAGUGUGGAAUUUCCACAACAAAAAGUACAUUUUGUAUAAUAUAAAUAGCAUUUAAUGUUUGCAAAAGACUGAUUUUUAUCAAUUUUACUGUAAUGAUAGACAGUAUAUUAUUCUGUAAGGUUCAUAGAGAAGCUUUGGAUUUCAGCCGCCCUAGGUGGCAGCUAGAGGUUAGUUUUGUGGGAAACUACAUUACCCAGGAAUCCUGCAACAUGAUGUUAUCUCUAUUCUCUUCGUGUUUGUAUCUCCAUGUGGCCUUUUUAGGGUAAAUGUUUCUGAUUAAAUGUCUUAAUGAAGUUAACAUUUUAGCUCAUUCUGCUGUUUUACAGAAUGAAACAAAUGGAAGUAUAAAAAUUAAGUAUAAAUGUUGAUGAUCUGAGAGCAGUUUGAUGUUUAUCAUCAUGGUGACCUCUCAUAUGGCUGGGUAUCAAAACCUUUUGUAACCAUAUGAAAUGUUUUGAUUACAGAAAGAAAAUAUAAAAAUACAUGAUUCAUUGCA